CAUUCGAUCCGCGGCGCUGCCUUCCGUCGAGCAUUCCGGUUCAGACGCUUGCGGUUGACACUGUAACCAAACUUCUGUCUCCGGGUUUUGCCCUUGGCCUUGGGCAUCGCGCUGACCACCGCACCAGCAGCUCACACAAGCCGCCUCUCCCUCUCAGACCUCGUGUAACAAACUCCUUCCGGAAGGCGUGCACAAGGCUUUGAGGGCAUUUGGGGAAAUGUAGUCCUUUUGUAGCACCACCGUGCUGAGCACUACGACUCCCAGGAUGCAACGAGCACUUGCGCCUGCGUACAACGCUCAAUCUAUUCGUUUCCCCGCCCCUUUCAUGACCUUCAUCGGGAGGCUGAGCUUGGAGUCCCGAUUUUCUCCUGCUGCUGUGGCCCGGACAUGGCGACUCCCGGCCCUGUGAUUCCGGAGGUCCCCUUUGAACCAUCGAAGCCUCCAGUCAUUGAGGGGUUUAGCCCCACUGUUUACAGGAAUCCAGAGAGUUUCAAGGGAAAGUUCCUUCGCAAGACCCGCGAGAACCCGGUGGUACCCAUAGGUUGCCUGGCCACGGCGGCCGCCCUCACCUACGGCCUUUACUCCUUCCACCGGGGCGACAGCCAGCGCUCUCAGCUCAUGAUGCGCACCCGGAUCGCCGCCCAGGGUUUCACGGUCGCAGCCAUUUUGCUGGGUCUAGCUGUCACCGCUAUGAAGUCUCGACCCUCAGCCCAGGGUCUGGCCUCGAAAGCUCCGCAGAAAUGAUUCCAAAACCCAGGAGCAACCACUGGCCCUACCAUGGGACUUACUCCCUCUCCUUUGUGAGGCCCAUGUGUCGUUGGGGGAGGAAGUGACCCUUUGUGUAACCGUAACUGAAAGUUUUUUCAAAAAUCCUAGAUUCUGUUGUUUGCAUGUUACAUACUUCUAUUUGUGCCACAUCUCCCCUCCACUCCCCUGCUUAAUAAACUCUAAAAAUCCACUUGUA